AUGCCUAAAACCCCUGGAUUUGAUGUAUCUCGCAUGCCUGAGACCAGCAAAGCGGUUUUAUCCGAAAAGAAACUGAAGAUCGCAAAGACUGCGCGUGAAUUCGGUGUCUUUCACAGUACCUUGGCCGAUCGCAUCAAAAAGGCUAAAUCGCCGACUACACCUACCAAAUGCUGGGAAAAUUAUCCUAGAGCCACAUCAGGAGAAAGCCCUGAUAGACUGGAUAGUCCAAAUGCAUAG